AUUCUGAGUUAAACUCAGGACUUCCAGAAGACAGCUACUCUUCAGGGAGUGAAGCCCUGGAUGGUGAUGAUGAAGAUGAAACGGCAGGCCUUGGCGAUGGGGUUGAAGAGGCAACAAGCUCCAAAGCUGGCCCAAGUGCAGGCUGGGCAGAUGCCAUGGCAAAAGUGCUCAACAAAAAGAUUCCACAAAAUAAGUCUACCAUCUUGGCCAAGAAUAAAAGACUGGAGAAGGAGAAAGAAAAGGAAAAACAAGAAAGGCUGGAGAAGAGGAUGAAGCUCGAUAAAAAGCGGGAGUGGGAAAUGAUGUGCCGAGUGAAGCCAGAUGUUGUCAAAGACAGAGACAGAGAAAGAAAUCUUCAGAGAAUUGCCACAAGAGGUGUUGUGCAAUUAUUUAAUGCUGUCAGGAUGCACCAAAAAAACGUUGAUGAGAAGGUGAAGAAAGCUGGGAGCUCUGACAGGCAGCGUGCUAAACUGCUGUCGUCUGUUUCAAAGAAAGAUUUCAUCAAUGUUUUGAGAAACAUGGAAGAUACUAAAGGAGGCAAGAAUUCUUCUGGAAAGGCCACAAAAAGUAAACAGAGUGAAGUGAAGUCUGAAGAGGGGCCAGAAUGGAAUAUACUGCGUGAUGACUUCAUGAUGGGAGCAUCUAUGAAAGACUGGGACAAGGAAAGUGAUGGAGAGGGCAGUGCUGAACAAGGAGGUGGUCUGAAACAAGAAGAUGAGAGUGACUGAAGGAAACUGAAAACCAUUCAAGAUAAUGUUUUAUCUUCGUAACUUUGUUUGGAUAAAAAGUCAACAUUCUGUGAAUGUACAACACUUGGAGGAUAUCUCUAUUUUAGAAAAAAAAAAAAAAAGACUUGUACAACUUUGGAGUGUUUUCUCCUCCAUGUCAAACUUUUAUUUAAUAUUAGCUUCGUUUGCUAUACUGAAAUCCUGAAAUAUUUUCCAAAACAUGUAUAAUUUUCAGCAUAUUUCCAAAACAUUUUGUACAGUCAAAAUAGUGGCACCUGCCCAAUGAAAGAGAGAUUUUGCCAAGGUCAUUAAAAGUUUAUACAUUAGUCAUGGCAAUUGAUGUAUUAGUGUGCCUGCAUUUCCAAAUCAGUGUUGCACUUUGAAAAGUUGUUAGUAAUUCGCAAUAGAAAUGGCUUACAAUAAACACAGAAAUGCCAUCACCUUGUAAAGUUAUUGGACUCCUAUAGAGCCUUUCUACUUUGGCCAGAAAAGGUUUUGUAGAUAAUAAAGAA